CCUAUGGAGUGGCAGUUUUCUUGUAAGGAGUGCAGUGAAAUCUCAGCGCUUGUUUCCUUAGGGAAUUUGCAGAGAAAAGAUGAACUAUGUUCAGCUCAUAUUGAUUUACACACUUUUCUGAAGACUCUGUCAACGCCACCAAUUUUUGUUGGGCUGAGCUCUGUUGGAAGCAUGGGCUUUCUAAAAAAUCCCCAAGCAUUUCUUCAUGUACUUCGAACUGUUAUAGAGAUCACAAGUUAUAGAUUUAUCCUCUUCACAGCUGGCUUUGAAGGUUUAGAUGCAGCUGUCCGUAUGAUUGCUGCAGAAGCAUCAUCGUGUUCAGGUCAAACACAGCUCAGUGAAGAUUGCAUCUCUCUCUUUAACAGUCGGCUCUUUUGCUUCACUGGUUCUGGAAGAUUUUUUUCAUUUAAGACUUGAAUUUUAUGAGAAAAGAAAGGUGAGCUCACUUAUGCUCAUAGCAAAAGAGUAGAACUGAUACUCAAUAAUUUCAGCCAUUUCUUAGGGAAACAAUUAUUAAUUGCAAUUUUUGUAUUUUGUGCAGAAAUUUCUA